AGCAAAUGUUAUACGAUGGGAAUUCGGACUCAAUAUAUUACAAUCACUGGGCGAUAAAUGAUUAUCAAUACAUCAUUGACAACUAUCCAGUCAAAGUAAACUAAUUAUUACUGCACGAUAAUCAUGUAUUCAUAUCUUUUUUACAGCUUUGUACAUCCUAUUCUACGCCUCUCAGUAGAUCUAGUUCAAGCACCACUAAAGCCAGUAAUCAGUCUAUGGAGGAUUCUAGAGAAAAGAACCAAUUGUUAAGAGAACUAUAUCAGAUAAAAAAAGACAUCAUCAAGUUUAAAAAUGAAUUAAAUGGUUUAGCAAGACAAAUGGAUGGCAUGGAAGUUGACCUUAAUGUAUCAAAAAACAGGGUUCAGGAAAUUGAAGAGGAUAUAACAGCAACGCAGGAAGUAAAUGUUAAUCUUCAAGUAUUGCUAGAAAGAGCUGUCAACAAACAAAAGGAAACUGACGUCUAUGCAACCAGAGAAAUGAAAAACAUUCACUCUAAUUUAGCUAAUGUAAGUCGAUUUUUUAAAUAUAAAAAAUCAGGAUAUAAAUAUAAAUAUGCAUCAGGUGGUUUAUGAAACAGGGCAAUU